AUGUGCCGCAGUAAGGAUGGCUAUUGUGGAUUCGGCAAGGAAUUCUGCGGAGAGGAUGUGUGCACCUCCAAAUGUGAAGCCCACGAAAACUGCGGCAGUGAGUACCCACUUCUCUGCGUCCUUCAAUACACCCAUCCAUUAACAGCUGCAUCGCAGAAGACGGGCAGCCACCUUGUAUAUCAAAUUCCGACAGUGGCUACAAAAGAUCGAAUGAAUCGAACUUCUAGUCAGGAGCGCUAUAUUGGGAUUUAUGCUGCGCCGACCUAUGGAAAGCCAUGUCUUGAUCUCGCAAUAUCAGGCAUUGAUCUUAAACCAUGGACUCAUCUCAUCUAUUACAAGGCCAACUUUGAUUUUACCACUGCACAUAUUAUACAGAAUGGGGGCGACAACCAGACCUGGAAAGAUUUCACAGGCCUAAAGGCCAAAAAGCCAUUUCUUACGGCCUAUCUCGCUGUUAGAGUGAACGUUCCUCUAUUUGUUCCCGACCUAAAAAUUGCUUCACCUAUUGACGCUCGGAAGGAUUUUACUUAG